AUGAGAGUCUCCGCAAGAAGACAACCACCCUCCAAGCUCAGCAACUCAACAACAACAACCACUGAACCACCACCACAAAACCCUGCUGCCGGCGCACUCGCACUCACCGAAGGCCGCACCACACUCACGCCCGGCGGCGGACUGAACCCCGAAGACAGCGACGACGAGCCCCCCCCUCCCGCCGAACCAGAGAGCAUCUACUACUCAACCGAACAUGACCCCGACAAACGCAUGUCCGAUAUGCUGUUCACCUACCGGCCAUUCGAUGCCAAGCGAUCCACGCAGAUCGUCGGGAGGGUCGAACUCGAACCAGCACCCCUGCUCGAAGCAGACAACGAAGACGACUCGGACGACGAGGAGGAUAUCGAGACCGAUCACACCGAUACCGGCACCGAACAUGGGGAAGACGACAGCAGCUUCAACCCCGAAGAGCUCAUCGCCGAAGACUCGAUCGACGAUAGUCUGAGCACCAAGAGUCGGAAAAGACCCGCGCUCGAUCUCACCACCCCUACAGACGAGAACAAAACCACCCGACCCUCCUCCCACCCCGACCUCCUCAUCUCACUCGACCGCAGCAACAACAGCAGCAGCCAAUCUCCGCCCAUGGUCCGUCGUCGGGAGAGGCGGAGGGUGAACAUCAAGAUGGGCAAGCUGGUCGGCCCGCCGAUCAUCGAAGAGGACUCAGCCAACCCAGAGUCCGUCCCGAGCAAGCCCAUCCUCACCGCCGGCCUGAGGUUCCAGAGAGCCGCCUCAGCCGUCGCUCGGCCCUCUCUGCCUGAUCUUCGCCAGGCCCAUCAUCCAACCCAACAACAGGCUGUCGCUGGCCCUCCCCAAGAGACCAACACCCGGCCCCUCAGCAGCUUCAGUCCUGGCCGCGCACGCGCCCUCACCACUCCUACACCCAUCCCCAGCAUAGAAGAGAGCCAUCUUCGAGCUCUACCCAACGCACUUUCCCCAGAAACCGCUCCGGUUCCGGUCCGAUCGGCAUCAGCAGGAUCAGGCGCAGCCUCUUGCAAGCCAAUCCCACUCGACCCCAAUCUGCCGAAACGCGACCAGCUAUCGUUCAAGAAGAUCGAACUCGAGGACCCCAAGCUGAAGAAGCCGGUCGUCCAGAAAUCGAUCCUGACCCAGCUCUUGACGGCCCAGUCCGCAUCCUCGUCGGGCGACAACCCGUUCCGGUGUUUCUAUGCGCUCCUGGCGAGCAAAGAGCGGAACGCACUCAAGAUCUCGCUCUACUAUCCCUUCUCCACCGAGCCCAGCAAGCCGAUCAAGACCUCGAUGAAGGCCGACGUCUGUGUGGAGGAGGUGGUCGGCUUUGCGCUCUGGAAGUACGUCGAGGAGGCCCGCGAGCCCAAGCUGGCCGAGAUCUCCGCGCGCCCCGACGGCCUCGAUCUCCUCGAAACCUUCGCGUGGUGCUUGCGGCUCGUCGAGGAUGACGGCGAGGUCGAUGAGGACUUCCCGGCGCUCGAUCGCACCAGACCUGCUGCGAAGGUCGGCAGCAACGAGUUUGCGAUCGUCAUGGCCACCGAAGCCCAAGCUAAACAGAACGAGUCCGCUCAAACGCAGAUCCAAAGGAGACCUUCGCGGGUCUUGGGAGAGCCUAAGCGAGUGCCGAAGGGGCUGGUCGAGCCGAGUGGAUCGGUGAACACGGGCGCCGCCAGUCUACUCCCGCCGCCGAUCAGUGCGAUGAUGGGCAACAGUUCGGGGACGACGAUCUUCGAUGGCGGGCGAGGGCUGGGCGGGGGAGUGAGUGGCUCGUUGAUCAGUGGGGGGUACAGCUCGACGGCGCUGGGCGGGGGCUCGUUGACGGGGACGACGGUGUAUCUGAAGGUGCGGAUCCCGUCGCCGGGCAAGGGGGUGGACUCGAUCAACACGACGCUGAACGUGACGAUGGACAUGUAUCUGGCGGACGUGCUGGAGAGUCUGGUGAAGAAGAAGUCGCUGGGCGCGGUCAAAGACUGGGCGCUCCUCGUGCCCUCCUCGCCCUCCAUCCCGGCCCACCAACGGGACAUCGUCGUGCCCCUCGACCGGACCGUGCAGUCGCUCCAGGGCGUCAGCUCGCUGGCGCUCGUCAAGCGCGCCCAGAUCUCCUCCAAGCUGCUCCGCAACACCCAGCUCAACGGGAACACCGCCGCCCAGAACACCAACCCCUCGGCGUCGAUCUUCAAGCGGCUCUCCGAGAUCCCCCAGCCGAAAUACGUCUCGAUCACCGACCUCACCUCGAGCUCGAAGAGCUUCCUCAUCCAGACCAAGCGGCGCGGGAUCCUGGGCAAGUCGGACCGCCUGCUGACGAUCGAGGACGACUACGUGCACAUCGCGCCCAACCACCAGUCCCUGACCACCACGGCCACCACCAACCAUCUCAACCUCCUCUCGGCGAAUAACGAUAACAGUCUCGCCGGCACAUCCUCCGGCAAGGUCUCCUCCUACCACAUCUCCCAGAUCGUCGACUGCAUCCAUCGCCCCCAGGCCGGCUUCAAACUCGUCGUCCUCCGCGACUCGGGCGAGAAACGCUACGACGUCGAGGCCGAAAACCCCCAGAGCGCUAUGGAGAUUGUCCGCCACAUCAAAGGGCUCAAAGAGAUGUACCACAGCACCCGCUCCUGA